CGUUGAGCUAUUUGUCGGUCGGCUGCGCGCGUUGGCGAAGGUUCUGCGCUCUCAGGAGUUUAUCUGAUGUAUUAUUGAAGACUUAUUCAGGCGUGCCGUGCGCAAGGCGCUAUUUCUGGUCCGGUUGUUGUGGUUGCCAGGCGUCAGGACUUCCGUCGCUCUCGUUGGUUGAGCUAUGUAAAUGCCGGCUCAAGUCGACAUCUUAAAAACCUAGUCAAGCGUAGUCUAACCCAAAUCAAAAUACAGUCUCUUGUGCGUGACCUGAAACGACAGUGAACCUCGAACCGUCAAUAUCAGGCUUGAUUAUUUUCGAAUAAGCGACGCGAGCUUGGUGUAACACCUUGUGUUAUGCUUUUAGAUCGCUUAACCUUACUUGCGGCCAACGCGGUUCUUCUGAAGAAAAAUGGCACAGAAUUAGUGGGAAAGAAAGAAGGGUUAAUUUCAGCUGAUAACAAAGUACAGAUCCUGGCUUUUGAACCUGUAAAUUUGGUGUGAUGGCUAUCGACAAACUCUGCAAUUAGGAUUGCUUUGUGUUUUCACAUGCGCGUCAUACGGCGACGACAGUUCUAGGAGAGCAAUUUUUCUCGAGGAUUAUGGCAGAUUUCUGGGCGCAGUUUUCGCAACCCCUUCCCGAGUCUACCUUCAAGCCAAUCAACGCGUCUGCAAUAUUUGGUGGUCAGCUAAGCUUCGGUGUCUGUCCAACAGAGGCUAACAUCUUCCGACCUGCAAAACCCAACGCAAAUAAAAUCCCGAAAGAGCGAAAAAGAGUUGACAGGAGCAACAGCGAUGUCGCAACACGAAGAGGUUCUGUAGAUAAACGAAAGGCGAAAGAUAAAGAGGUGAUACCACGUCGGCGAACACCGACUAAAAAUCACAGUGCCGAAAACGGUGCUGUUUCUCCACGAUCCUCCACGAGCGAAAAGGGGAACGAAAACACCGAGGAGGAUAUCGACUUGAACGAUUCAUUAGAGUUCACUGGGGAUAGAUAUCCGCUAUUUAUACCUGUUAACGAUAAAGCAAAUACAGAAAACAGACCUCGAAAAUCAUCUAAAAGUCCUAGCCCUCCCACUAACAGGACUACUCAAGGGGAAUCCCCUAAAACAAGCUCAUCAGGACACGGACAGCACUCCUCCAGGACUGCAGUCAGGAGAAGCGCAAGCUUUUCGUCAAGUCAACGGCGCACGAGUGAAUCCGAAUCUAGAUCGAAACCCGCAGUUGGUAAACCGCGCCCUGUCGGAAACGCUUCGGUAGUACGAUCACCAGCCGACAGCUUUCGGCGUGAGAAAAGUGACGUCGUUACUGUUCGGGGUAGAGGUACACAGUCACCGAGCUCCCCUCGACGAGAAAUCAGUGAUUUAAAAUCUAGAAGCCCGUCUGGUGUGCGCCGUGAAAAAAGUGAUAUACCAUUUACGCGAUCGAAGUCUCCUGGUGGUUACAAGCGUGAAAAUAGCGACUUGGUGAAACCACGUGCGACACCAUCCUCAGUCGGUCUAAGACGCGAAAAGAGCGAUCUAGUUAGCCCAAGAGGUGCUUGUUCCAGAUUACCACAGAUUGUGAAACGCGAAAAUAGCGACCUAACGCGUCCAAGGACUAAGGCUCAAGUUACACAGAAUAUACCAACAGUCUCACCGAGUAGAGUAUGUAAAUCCCCAAGCGACAAAAGCCAGGGGUAUCAUAACCAUUAUCACGUAAGCACAACUAAUGCAGUAAUAUCCACAAAUCACAGUCAAGAAGAUUUCAAUUCUGAAGAUAUGUCGAAAAUCCCAACUCCGCAGUCGAGGAUUCCAUCCUUGAACAAGCACAGUACCCCAGAGCAGACAAAGACUCCUCCAAAAAGUAAAAUCCCGUCUCUCGGAAAAGCGGACAAGAAGGUCUCAAAGCUCAAGGAACCGGAAGUUAAAAAGUCUGGGAUCCCUGCACCGGGGUCUAUAAGCAAGAUACCUACAACGCCAAGUAGACCUGACUCCGCCAAAGAAAACAAGGACCCUGCCUUAAUCAACAACGAUAGCAUCGAGGAGACGCCUAAAGCGGCGAAACCAGAAGCAAAGACUGUAAGUAAGAUACCGUCGAUCGGAAAAUCUGGCUCGAAGUCUAAGAUUCCUUCGAUCGGACGUCAGGAUAGCCAGGGAAAGGGAAGUGAUGAGGAGGAGCCAGAACAUAUUGUGAACGGCCAUGGGAAAACCCCCGUUUCCAAGAGCAAGAUCGCGUCUGUAGGCACUUCACAUCAGACCACCGGUAUUCCUACUCCUGGAAGUAAGAUCCCUUCCGUAGCGAAAGUUAUCGGACCUGCAAAACCAGCGGAAAAGGUCGACGCCACUCCUCCAUCAUCAAAGAUUCCUCAUUUGGGAUCAGCGAGCUCGCCCAUCACGGCUACGCCAAAGACCGGUAUACCCAUGUUUUCCACUUCCGUUCAAGCAGAAAAUACCGAGUCUAGUAUUGAGAGGAAGCAUUCCGUUCCCAAAAGCAAAAUACCCUCCGUGUCCGGUGCAAGUGGCAUACCAAAACCCGGACACAAGGAGGAGUCCAAACUUGACACCCAUGAAUCAAAACUCCCGGUUCAUUCCGAGUCCAAGAUUCCACCCCCUGCUGUAAAUGGACACAGUGAGUCCAAAAUCCCUUCGGUUGGCGGGACUCCAGUUAGCAAAAUACCCAGCUUCUCUAGUAAGCUACAGCGAAAACCUUCUGAAGAAAAACAUGUGGAGAACAAACCGGUGGAGAAUAAACCAGCAGAAACAAAACAAGCUGAUAAUGAACCUGUGUUUGAUAAGUCUAAACCAAAUGAUGAAGAUAAGGAAAUUCCUCCUCCUCCCGCCACGGCUGCCAAGGCCCCACCCCCUCCCCCUCCCAGGAAAGAUGUCGAGGAACCGUCUCCGAUAGAGAAGCAUAUUUUUGAAGAGGCAAAAAAGAUGGAAAAGCUACUUAGAAAUGAGGAUAUCGUAGUGGAGGUCCCAGCUUCAAAUGAGCCAGCCGCGAAAACGGAGGAUGAAAUCAGAAAAGCUGAGAUGUGCAAGUUCGAGCAAGCUCAGGAAGCAGAGGACCUAAUCAGUGAAGUUCUCAAAAGUUAUGCCCCCACCUUGCCAACGUAUAGUAGCGAUCGCAGCUUAGACUUACUUUCAAACGACAGAUCUCCUGCGAUGACGCCGGAGAAGGCCAAAUUUACGUCGAAAAAAAGCGAGGACGUCAAACAUACUCCCCCUAAAGAAGAAAAAGACGUAUCUUUCCAUACUUUUGGGAAACGUGCUCCGCCAGCUGUAACUGUCAAGAAGGAGGCGACCCCAAAGGAGGAAAUAAAAGAAUUUAAUGACUCUAAGACGGAAUUGAAGAAGGAUAUGGCUCUUAGUUUAAAUGUCAGCAAAACAAUGGCCGACGAGAGUGUCGCCAAAAGGGGAGAGCUCACACCCGUGAAGCCACCGGAGAUUCCUCCAAUAACCAGCCCCGAGACUCCUGUCAGUACUACACCUGCAAUCGACACACUCGGUCAGUACGAGCAGCAGGCUAGAAGGUCACGGAGUCGACAACGCAAGGUCAUUACCCCUGACACCGAGGAACCCGAAAAAACAUUUGAGACAGAGACCCAGCGGGAGCAAGAAAAACAGCAUGUUGAUAAGGGCAAGACCCCAUCUGAAUCGGAGUCUAAGCCCACGACGAAAGCCGCAAAGGUCAAGUCUAAGCACGAAAAGCCCAAGUUUGUAAUUGAGUCUUCGCUGGGUAAAGACUUUUACUCGUCUAAAAAGCCGGACGAUAGCUCCUCAAAGGAGAACAUUCACGAUGAUAUUCCUAAGCCCGAGGUUAUUGUUAUACAGAAUAAGACAUUUGAUGAUACAAAUAUUACCACGAAACCUGCACCGGUCAAGGAAGGAAAGACAAAGCAGGAAUCGGCGGCGUUUGAAGAUGUGGAACUUAGCUCGCAUAAAGGAUCAAAGCAAGAAAUGAGGGCGUGGAGCAUGGAGCAAUUGGACGAGAAAACAGUCAAGUGUGGGUGUGGACGCGGCGGAAAGUGUUCCAUUAUGUAAAUACAGCGCGAAAGGGUGUAUUCAUUCGUGUAAAUAUGGCCUAGCAGUCGUGAUAGCUGGAAUUUCAUGUAUGAACGUGGCUUCAAGCUUUGAUCGCAUGUGAGCACUGAGCGAUAGCAUUGUUCGCCCUGUGCGCUUGCGUAAUUAUUGCCCGUUCUUGUUGUUAAUCACGCUUCUAGGUCAUUUAGUGUCUAACAAGAAUCACGCGCCCCUGCGAGCUAUUGGAAAAGAUAAUUCAAAUAGUCAACUAUAACGACAACUACACCUUAAGUGAGUAAUAUAAAAGGUGUAACUCAGAAAAAUCGCACCAUCUACUGUAAAAUUUGCGUAAAACGCAACAAAACUUGACGAUUUAUUGCUUUUAGGUUGUUAUAACAUAACGGUGUAAAGUAUAAAGGAAUAGAUAUCGUUUAAGUAUACAGGCAGGUUUCAAUGGUAUUAUUAGAUUAGUAUAUCAUACGUUGUGUAGAUAGAUGGAUUCAAUAACGCCGUACGCCAUGUUAAAUUAAUUUAUCUAAGUUUGUAAAAGAAUAAUAAAGGAUUUAUGUCGGUGGAA